AUGCCCGAAAUCGCACCCUUGACCCUUUUGUCAGCUCAAAAGGUAGCCGAACUCAUUGAGAACGGUUAGUUCUAUGCCAAACCUGAACCAAACUUUAAAACACACACAACUUUAGACGCCCUCCCAAUCAAACUUUGCAUCAAACUUUCCGACAAAGCGAGCAAUCAAGUGCUCGCAGUUUUCUACGAUAAUUAUGGGGACCUGAACGAGCGCACGUGGAAGACGAUCUAUCUGAGCGGAAUGUUUGCGCCGAGCGUGCUCGACCUCGGCGGUGUGCCCAUCGGAUGGAACGAGUUGCCGGCGUGCCAGAGCGGAACGUACACUCGAUUCAAGUUGGGCCAUCGGCAUCGAACGGAAAGAGAAGAAGAAGUGGUCUCGGAGGCGGCGCUCUUGUUCAGGGUGCUCAACGAGACGUCGUGGGACCAUCUGACGGGCCUGGAUUGGAGCGGACGGCGUCGGCUCAAGUGGUACUCCGCCGCGACGGUUGGUUUUUAGUUUUGAAAUGUUUGACAUAGUUCUCACUUAUUUGACUCACUUUCCGCCAAUUUGAUCUAGUUAACUUCAUUUGCCCCAUCUUACCUCGUUUCCCCUGGUUUCAUUCACAAUAUAUUCCAGAUGUUGAGCUCGUUUCCGAGUUUGACGACGCUCAACGUGGCCAAUCAACAAGUUCCGAGCCGUGCUGUACCGAAAAUCGCCUCCAACUGCCCUCAACUCAGACAUCUGAACAUCUCGGAGACUGGCAUCCAGAACAUCGGGCCACUGGAAAGACUGGAGCAUCUGGAAGUACUCAUCAUGCACAAUUUGGACGUGGAAAGUGGAGUCGAUGCACUGAAAAGUCUCCGAAAGUUGCGAGUGUUGGAUAUGUCGACGAGUGAACUUACGUAAGUGAGAACAACUGAACGUUGUGUUGAUUUCGCGUUUCAGACACACACUCCCCGCUUUGUUUGUCGUCGAGCAAUCCAGAAACGGAGCCGCAGCUUCUCCGUGGCGCGAGCUCCGUUCCAUCGACAUUGGCGGCUUGGAAAUGAGCCCGGAGGCGAUGCGAACUAUCAUCCGAGCCCAUCCGAAGCUCGGCGAGAUCCUCAUACUCGACAACACUGCUAGUCGCGUCGUGAUGGAGCAACAUCAUCUGUGGCCCGGGCUCCAAGUGCUCGGUGAAAUCGACCUCCUCAAGCGCUACCUUGCGUUGGAUCGUCCGGCGUUUCUGUUGGCGAUCCUAGAGUCGAUGCAAAAUUCCACUCACCUUCUCACACCCGAGCACCGCUACGACCUGCUCAAGAUCAGCCUGAAAGUGUCGAGAAAGUACGCAAAAGUGGACGAGCAGUUGAUGGAAAUCUCGUCUGAAUUGACGGAGCAAUUAUGGGAGGACACGUCCCGCAAACUGUCGAAUGCCGAGUUUCAAAGGGCCGUCGGCAUGCUGCUCGACAUUGCCGACCAGAUUGAGCGCGAUCAAGACACCGACCAACACAUUUGGCCCAUUCUCGCCUGCGAGAACGUUCUCGAGAGGUAUGCCGAUCCGGUGCGACUUGGACGCGCCGCUUUGAGGAUUUUGCGGGAAUCAUUCGCGACGUACAUGAUCUGUAAUCGGAUCGUGCUCCACCUCAUGCGUACGAUGUCUUCGCAGCAAAUCAAACAGUUGCAGGUGCAUGUGGGGCACUUCAGGGCCAUGUUCAGUGCUUUGGAGGAGUUUGCAGGUGAGCCGCAUUGUUUCACACCGAUUUCCCCUCAAUUCAUGUGUUUUGCAGACUUAGAAAUGAAACCGAAUGUUCGAUGUCUGGUGUUCCUGAUUGAAGCGGUGGCAAACGCCGAUACGAGCCUAGUUACCGCGAUUUUGGCGUUCGGCGGACUCGGCCGUUUUGCAAAAGUGCUGGUUGUGUGCGAUUCGGACCAGGAGUGCGAGCAGGCGGCUCUUCGAAUGACGCGCCAACUGUUCACGAGAAGAUUCGGAAAGGGCGAGAUACCGAAACUGUCUGAUCAACUUUAUCACGUUCUCGCGUGAGUUUUUUGACUGUUGUCUAGACGAGUGUGCACUUCAUUUCAGAAAAUUGAUGGUCAGAGACAUCUCGAGCCACGAAGGACUGUCCGUCUCCUACAUGUGCGUUCACACCCUCCUCGCGGCGUCGGCGUUCCCGAGAAUGUGGGAUUCGCCCCACUUGAUCAACAUCGCCGAUAAGGCCAUCGUCCGCCUCGUCGCCAAUUACCCGCCUUCCGCGAAUAUCGGGAUUGGCUGCGAUGAGCUUUGCCGGCGUAUUGAAUGGUGUUUGGAGGAGAGAAACUUCGGCUCUCGUCUCAUGUUCGCCCUGUGGAAUGUGUUGAUGGGAUUGACGACGGUGCCGGAGUUCAAGGAGAAGUACGACGCGUCGAACGUGAAGCAGUUGGUCGAGGAGAUCGCCUGCGGAAUCAUCGAGUUAGAAGGAUCCGAAAAGAUUGUCAAGAUGGCCCAGAGUAUCGUGACGUUUCGCGAUUCCAAUCCUUCAACUUACCCCUCUUCAAUCUAA